UCUCGUUGCUUCAACACUUUGCAAACCGUCUGAACUCGAAAUAACAGCAAUUAAAUCAGUAAUAUAAUUUGUUUGUUUUCAUACAUUGCCGAAUUUGUUGCUAAUAAAAGUUCUGAAUUGUUUUAAAAGGAACAAAUUGAAUUUAAAUGUCUAUUUUGAACGUGAUGUGAACUUUCUUCAUGGAUCUUCGCAUUCGUCAUCAUUUAUCAAAGGCUCAGAAAAAUAAAGAUCUUGUGUCUCUGAAGAAAGCACAUGAGUUGAUUGGAGUGUGUGACUGUGGAUCACUUCACUAUGAGUUGUGUGUGCUGUGUGCUGAAGUGUCUCUGCAGCUGGGCUGUAGGAAGAUCGCUCAGGACUGUGUUGGGAUGUUUAUGGACGGCAAACCUCCGGUGAAUCAGUUUCUGUGUCGUGCGUAUCUGUGUCAGGGUCAGCUCAUCUCCCAACACAACAUCACCACAGAGGAGGACUUGGAUAAAGCUGUGAUGUGCUAUCUGAAGGCUAUUGACAUCGCCAAACACAAACCCAGAUACGGUUUCUUGGUGUUCAACGCGUCGCUGUUGUACUUCCAGAGCGUUCGGUUGUUCCUGCUGCCCGGUCGGCGUCAGCUCCUCGUGUCUUCUCUCACACAGGUGCUCGAGGCUCUAGAGCAGGUUCAGGAUGAAGAUCACAUGUGGAGGGCUGAACUAAUGACACAUCUUGUUGAAUGUCUGUUUGAUGCUGGGAAUGAGCCUGAAGCAGCUGCUUUGGUGAAGGUCACCUCAGAUUUGAUAGCAUCACAUGAAGGGGAGGUUUAUUCCAGACUGUUCUCUAUACAGGUCCGACACAACCUCAUAGAUGAGAACGACGUGAUGAAACAUAAAAAUACAAAACUCCUUGUCAUUUACAACAUUCAAAAGCUUAAACAUAUGAUUGAAGUUAAUGAGAUAAGAGAUCACUUUGACAGACUCAAGGAAACUUUCCGUCUGCUGACAUCACAAAACACCCAGAGCUCCAGUCCUCCACCUGACGGCCAGAGCUCCAGUCCACCACCUGACGGCCAGAGCUCCAGUCCACCACCUGACGGCCAGAGCUCCAGUCCUCCACCUGACGGCCAGAGCUCCAGUCCUCCACCUGACGGCCAGAGCUCCAGUCCACCACCUGACGGCCAGAGCUCCAGUCCUCCACCUGACGGCCAGAGCUCCAGUCCUCCACCUGACGGCCAGAGCUCCAGUCCUCCACCUGACGGCCAGAGCUCCAGUCCCCCACCUGACGGCCAGAGCUCCAGUCCCCCACCUGACACUGUCCGCUCUGUUUUGGACCAAAGAUCUUAUAUGUCACUGGCUGACAGGAUUGAGUUGUUGUUGGAGCUGUGUUUGGUGUCCCUGCGGUUAGACCAGCAUCAGGUGGCGUGUGACUGUCUGACGGAGCUCAGAAACACAGACGUCACUGUCAGUCAGCGUGUGAUGAUGGAGUGUGUGCAGUGUGAGGUCGACCUUAACAAGAACUCCUCCAGAUCCAGUGUGGAGAUGCGGUUGAGUGUUGUAGUUCGGUUGGAUGCAUUAGUGCAGGCUGCGGUGAGAGAGAGAGACGCUCGGGUGAUCCAGGCGGUGUGUGCGGCUCAGUGGAACACCUGUUUACCUCUCCUGCAACACAACCUGAGAAAAAAGAUCAAAAAACCUCUGCUUACCCUCACUCGAGCACUGGAGACCACAGACAGUAUGCUGCUGGAUGUGUUAUGUGAUGUUCAUGCAGUGUUGGCUGCUAUAGAGGAGGAGGAUGACAGACUGGAAGCUUCCAUGAAACAUGUGAAGAGAGCUCUGCAGCUGGAUCACAGAGGACUUCAGUCUCAUCAUCUCUCUUUCUCCUCACAUCUGCUGCAGCUGCGCUCAUCUCUCCACAGCUCACCUCAACGACCAGAGGACCGCACCGCACAGCUCAUACAGCAGGCUAAAGAUGUAAGAGGGCGUGGGGCAGACAGACGCCCCCUGAUGGUCAGUGCUGGAAUCACUCUGGCCCCUGAUGACUUCAGGACGGUGCUGGAUGCUGACAUUUCAGAAGAUGAUGAAUCUCAAGGUCACCUGACACGACUGGCUGAUAAAGCCCAGCAUCACACCGCCUGCGUUCAGAAGGUCGAAGGUCAUUUGAGUGGACUUGACAAGAACUCAGAUGAGCGAGAGAGGGUGAAGUUAUGGGCACUGCUGGUGAAGACGUCAUGGACAUAUGAAGUGUUUGAUGUGUGCCGUGCGGCCUGUCGCUUUUGUCUGCUGUAUGAUGAUGGACGAUGGAAAAACUCCAAUGAUGUCAGAGGAGAGACGGGUCAGAACCAAACACAUCAGAGAACACAGACAGACCUGAUACGUCUGCUGGCUGAAGUUCAUUUCAUCAACGCUCAGGUGACUGUGCUGAAGCUGCGCUCAGAGGGAGCGGAACUGAACACUUGUGCGGUUCGUCCUGAGAGACGAGUGAAGGCCUCACCUGAAGACCACGCUCACUGGACCCUGUACAGUGAUUGGAUCAAAGAUUUAUCGGCUUACGCCACAGCUAACUUCCUGCGAGGGGCGGAGCUGGGGGCGGAGCUGGGCGAGGCCUGGUUGGUAGUUAAUGCAGCUGUGCACCUGUGGAACAACAACCGCUGGAUGCUGAAAACCAAAGGACACGGACUUCUGUUGCCCACAUACAGACGUUUACUAGCCCUCCUCAGACACACAGGGCAUGCUGGAGAGGUGGAUCUUCUGGUUCUGUUGUGUGACGCUGUGGCUCAGGGCCUCAUCACAUCAGCACAAGGUGAUCUUGAGACGCACGAGAGAAGAGUCACACAGCUGCCAGAUGACAAACCGAAGAGAGGACGAGGGAAGGCCUCAGAGAAAUCCAGCUCCACACACGGGCCGCUGUUUGACACGGCUGUGACGCAGGACCUGAAGAAAGCUUUAGAGGUGUGUGAAUACGCUCUGCUGAUGUCCAAUGGAAACACAGAACUGGUGUCCAUGGAGGUGAGGAAGCAGCUGAUCUGCACAUGGGUGACGGUUAAACGGCUGCUUCAGCAACAGAUCGGACUCAAACUGGACAUCUGUGAUCAGAGUAAAAACGAGGCGGUGACGGCGAUGUCUCGUGUGCUGGUCGGUGUGGAGAUGAUUCAGUGUGAGAGAAACAGCCGACUGAUGGAGUUUAUAGUGCCUGAUGUGUCUGUGUUAGUUCAGAUGACACAGGACUGUCAGUGGUCGGACUCUGUCGUGGAGUUGUACGUGUGGACACAGCUCGCCCUGUCCGCUCAUCAGACACAUGACCAUGAUCUGGUCAUGACCUGUACCCAUAAUGCACUGCAACUGGAGCAGAGGAUGAAGAUGAACACUGGUGCUCUGCUGGACAUGUGUUGUGUUCAGGAGAUGUUGUGCAGCGCUACAUGUGUCAGAGGUCAGAGUUUGAUUGACGGUGUCAGUGUUGAUUCCAGCCGAUAUGCGGAGGCUCUGGAGAUGCUUGAGUCCAGCGUCAGACAUGCGGAGCGGGCGGGCAGCUGGUCUCUGUGUGUGACAGCAGCGGGUCACUACUGGAACUCAUGUCUAUUUCUACUGAACACAAGACCGGACAGACAACAGCUGAGGAAACCUCUGGAGGUCAUGCUACAGGCCAUCAACAACACCUACAACAAACACACAACUGGGAGAAAUAAAAGAGCGUCAGAAGUGAACGGUGCCGCAGCUGUCAUGGACACAACAGAUUCCACCAGAAAUGAUGGUGAUGAAGUGAAGUUGUGGGUGUGUCUGUACAGCGCUCUCCUCUGUGUUCAUUCAGACUCUGGUGAAUGGAGGAGAGGUCUUCAGCUGUUAGAUGAGGCUGUCAGAGUAAUCCCACCCUCCACACAUCGACUUAUUGUGUUUAAGCAGCGUGCUCUGGUGAAAGCUAGGCUGGGAGAGAGUGUUGUGUUUGAUAUGAAGCAGAUCUGUGAUGAAGGUGACAUCAUCUGUUCUGGUAUGUGGCGGCGUGUCGCUCUCUGUGCUCAAGACAAACACCAGCGCCUGACCUGCUAUCAGAAUGCCAUCACAACACUACAGGAUUGUAGCAGUCAGUGGCAGAAGGUGGAGUUUCUCCUGGAGUUUGGCGAGUGGUUGUAUUUCACACAGUGUCCUGUGGCUGACGCUCGUCUUCAGAUCGACUGGGCCAUAGACAUCCUGAUGUUCACAGACACACAACAGACCCCUGCAGAUGAAGUGGACGCUGGUGAAGCGGUUCCUGUGACGCGUCCGCUCGGUCUGAGAGUAAACGCUGUGGAGUCUGCGGCGCGUUUGUCUGAUGUGAGACGUCUGGAGGGUCUGAUGAGAGCACACACACUGAUGGCUCUCACAGAGGAGAGAUCUUCACCCAAACACCAGCAUCAUCUGCUCAUGGCCUUGAGCUUCACGCUUCACAUCUGGAAGGUAUCCAUAGCAACGGCACAGGAAGUGAUGAAGGACAUGUCGAGGAGUCGGUCAGUGGGUGGUCAGCCUGUGAUCCCCUCCAGGAAAGACAAAGAGCGACCGGAUGAGAAGAAGCUGAAGCAGUCAUCUCCUGUGGAGGAGAAGUCUGGAGAUAAAGCUCCAGAGAUCUGUUUUCCCAUCAGUCCCGAGCAGUGGGCUCAGUUUGAGUGUCCGGAGGAGAUACGACAGGCUUUCUGUUGUGACAGCGGCCCGUACACCAUCAACACCACCAGCAUCUGCAUGCAGAAGCGCACUCUGUUUUAUUUGGAUGUGCUGGUCAGAGAGUUGGAGUCGCUAUAUUUGACCCCCUUGACCUUUGCUCCUCUUCAUUUGGCGGAGGUCAUCGCUCAUGACCUCACACAGAGCAAGAGUCACUCUCAUGUCUAUCGUCUGAGGAUCAUAAAGAACUGUAAUGAGCUGGGCCUUCACUCUUCAUCUCCAUACUGUGAAGAACUUCAGAGUUUCACACACAUUCCUGAAGAUGAACAGACACGGAGUCAUAAAUCCAUCAUCAGUCAGAGAAACACAACUCAAGCUCCGUCUGACAGCAGCGUGAGAGAUGAGACUUCAGUGGAUGAAGGUGAUAUGGUGUUCAGAAGACGUCUCCGUAUCUGUCAGCUGUGUUUGGAGAAAGCUGAUGUGUGUCUCACUAUAAACCUGCAUGAAUCUGCCGAACUUCUACUGACACGAGCUCGCACGUUAGCUGAGGAACUUGGUGACCACAUGUCAUUGGCCAAGAGCUUCCAUCUUCUGGCUGUUCUGGCCAAUCAGGAGCACAGAUACAGUGACGCUGUUGAUCUGAUGAAGCAGGCGCAGGAGUUUGAUGGAGAUGAAAACUUCUGGUACUCGCUGAUUCAGACGCUGCUGACAGCUGUAGCUGAACGGAGAGGACGAGACGCACAUCAUCAGGUGUGUGAGAUUACAGCUCAGGCAUGCAGAAGCUUCAGAUCAGUGUUGGAACGGAGACAGAACCGAGCCGGAGUUCUGCUUUUCUACAUCACAUCACUAGAGAUCAGAUGUGCGGUUGUGCGUCGUCAGUUGCUGUGUGCAGAUGGCCGUGUGUCCUCACGGAGUGAUUCAUGUUUGGAGAUGUUAACAUGCGUCUGUGUGAAGCUCAAACACGCUGCUGCUGAAUUACUGCAGCUGGGCUACAGGACACACGCCGCAGACGCCACGCUAGAACACGCCAACACGCUCCGAAUCUUGGCUGUUGAUGCUGCGAGUGAAGAAGAGAAACAGCGCCACCUUCUGGAUUCAUUCUGCCUCAUGCAGACGGCCGUGUUACUUCAGGAGGACGUCAUCUCUGAUGUCUUAAACAUUCUGCCACCUCAUCAGUCCGGUUGGUGUAACCUCCCAGCGGUGCGUGUGUGUGUGCGUCUGAGGCUGGCUCUCGCUGAUCUCGGUCUGAUGAUGUUGGAGAUUCAGUGUGCAGAUGAGAAGAGAAGAGCCAUCGCUCGAGAAAUGAUGACAUCAGAGGAGAGAGCCGUCGAGGAGUUCAUGAGGAUCACCUCAGAUCUCACUUCACACCAGAGGGAGUGGGGUCGAGUUGGACAGAGUCUGGGUCAAGUGAUUCUGACUCACUUGACUGCUGUGAAUUCUCUCUCUCUGGACUGUACAGAGACCAGAGCUCGCACGCUCGGCAUGAUGGGAAAGUGUCUGAGAGUUUUAGCUCAGCAGCGAGACCCGCUGUACUCUUCAACAUUGUGGGACGAGCCAAUCACGAUGUCCAGGAGGUGUGCUCAGCAUCUGUGGUGUCAGGCGAGUGAGACUCUGCUUCAGUCUGUGACUUUGAGUUUGCAGUGGAGUCUCACACACUUGAUUCCUGCAGUGUGUUGUGAUCUGCUGGAGUGUCACGGUCAGUUUGAGCCCAGCGUCAGUGGACAAUAUCUCACACUGCUUCAGAGCAGUUUGUGCUGUGUCGAGAUGUCAUCUGCCCUGCGUGCGGUCAGUUCUGAUCUGAGCAUGAAUGUGAUCUCCAGCGCUGUGAGACGAGAGUGUGCGGGUCUCUCUCAGGUCUUCAGUCACCUGACCAUAAACCCAGAGCACAUGAGGAUUCUGGGAGAAAUGCCUCCAAACAUGAAGAUCCUGCUGCUCCAGCACUCUCAGGACGGAUGUGUGUUGUAUGGUGGUUUCUUUGAGAAGAGGAAAAGCACAGAGACUCAUAGAGGAAAGAGUGUCAACUCCACAGGUGGUCUGAUGUGCUCGAAAGUGGUGAAGGUCUCAGUUCAUCGCUCAGAUCUUCUGCAGCUCCACAAACACCUGCAGGAUUUCAGACAGCUGACUGCGCAGACGCACUCCAGCUGUACACAGACAGAACACACAGAUGUGGAUGUUGUGUUCAGGUCACUGGUACAGGAGAUGGAGGAAUAUCUGCAUCCUCUUCUUUCACAGUUUGACUUCUCAUGCUUUAGUGUGUUCUCUUCAUCUGUCUCCACCGCUGCAUCGGCCCGCAGCGCUCCUGAUAAACCUGAAGUGGGCGAGUGUGUGAUGAUUUUAGCAGACCGGAUGUUGUUGGAUCUGCCGUUGGAAGCUCUGGAGGUUUUUCAGGCGGAUGGUAUCGUCUCAGUGUCUCGUGAUUUCUCUCUGCAGGUUCUUCAUGCACGUCUGCAGUCAGAUGAAGCAGUUGAAAGUGACAAUAAAAAGGAAGUUAAAGCUGGACGAGGAGUCAAAGGACGAGAUCAAAGUAAAGACAUCAAAGCGGUGCCCGUCAAUCGAGUCCUGCCCCCCCACACCAUCCCUGUGGACACGCACCGCUUCAAAUAUGUAGUUACUGCCCAGCUGGAAGAUGAUGGAAAACAGACGGAGACGAUGAGCCCGACAGAGAACAUGAGAGCCAUCCUCAACUCAUACACACCUCACUUUACAUCUCUGUGGAACGGUUUCAUAUGUGACCCCGAUCACACACCCAGUCUUACAGAUCUGGAGAAGCUGUUGAGUUCCUGCGGUGCUUUCAUCUACUGUGGGACAGAAAACAUCUUCUCUUGUGUUCCGGCACACCGACUGACCGCUCUCAACAUGUCCGGCUGUCAGAUGGUUUUUCUCUUUGAUUGUGGACAGAACAGAGCCGUUGUGCUGCAUCCGUCCACACAGGACACCAGUGACUCUGUGAGGUCCGGGUUUGAAGGUUCUGUUGGGUCAGCGUCUCUCUUCACUCUCAUUGGUUGUCGUUCUGUUCUGCUCAAUCAGUGGAGCUGCAGCGCUGCAGUCAACCUGCAAAACAUGCGCUCGCUUCUGGACAAUCUUCUCAGAAAAGGUUUGACAUCUGCUCAGGCUGUUCAUGUUUUGAGAUCAUGUAGAGAAAGGCAAGAUGUCACUGGAAAGCCGUCCAGUCUGACAGCAAGGGAGAUUACAGCCGAUGUCUCGUCUGAAGACUGUGAUUUCACCCAGAAACGUGAAGCUCUGAGCACUUCCACUUCAAACUUCAUUAUUUAUGGACUUCCCAAUUUAAUGGUUUCAUAAAUCUGACAUCUGCAGAGUUGAUCAAUGUAGACCUUUUUAAUCGUAUUGUAAAGAAUGUAAUACUCAAUGACCUUUAGCUAAGAUUACAGAAAUAAAACUCAAGAAAGUUUCUGCUAUUUCUUCA